UUCUUUCUCUUGCGAUCGCUCUUCUCUUUUGCCUCUAUUUUAUAUGGAAAACAAUACUUUCAUUGUCAACUGUCUCAGACAACAAAGGGUUGAGUUAAUUCAACUUUAAACAACACUGCCUGUUACGACGUGAAUGGGCUCCUUCGUGUCAGUGCUAGACUAACACAAGUGCUCAAAUAAGUGCUUGUUUACAAACACCUUGCAUGAUUUAUGUUCAUUUCCCACGAAAGCCUAUGGUAGUAGUUGUAGACGUGCACCUGCACAUUCAUAAGGUCGACACAAUGCUAACUAAAAUGUCUACUGUCAAAAAAUGUCCAGCAUGGUUUUAAUGUGUGGGUGUGCAUGUUGGCAUCGCAUCCGAUAUGAUUGAUCGGACCCACCACAUUGCAGCCUCCUCAGUCCCUAGUCUCCAUUAUGGAUGAUGUCAUUGCCUACACCUGCAUACUUAUUUGUAACUCGUAUUGUUCGUCCCAGACGCAUAUUUUAAAUUUGGAAAACGUUUAGAUGGAUCCAUGCAGCGGACUGACACGCAGUAGCAAUAUACAAUUUUAACAUCUACGUAUGGAGAUGUUUUUUUUUCUUGUAUGGGAUGAGCUCCGUGUUAUCAUCAAAGCCAGCAUACCGUUUGAUUCGUGAUAAUACAUUGUUGCACUAGGGCUUGCAUAGCUAUCGGUGUCUGUGUGCUCAUUCUCUAGUUUUGUUGCAGAGCGAAACACCUACUAAUCAAGUAAAUCAGACCGAUAUAUGUGUGACUUGCGAAUCUCUCGCCAGCAGGUUAUGGGUUGCCUCAGGUUUUUUCACUGCCGAUUGUUUGCUUCCUGGUACUUCUGGGUGUAUCGCUUUGCAUCCACAUGGCGCAAAGCGCUCUUGUGAUUGGCCGUAUGAGGUUUUGCCCCUGGUGUCUGUCAAAGCCUUCCGCCAAUCGACUAUCUGCCAUCCAGUGAUGUCACGUGUUGCUGGGCCUGGCUUUGGCUCGCAAAUACAAACCCACUGUCCUGAUGAAUUGUGGGAUUUGUAGGUUCAACGGGGAUUACAGUUGCAAUAGGCAACGUCAAAUGCUAUGAUUAAUGACAGAUUGAGGUAAUGAAUGGCGAUUUCCUAUCACAUAACAUCCACAUAUCACCGAAUCCUUCUAGUAGUAAAUAGUUAAAUGUCGUGCUUUUUUAUUUCAAUAGGUUGCCUUGCUGAAAAGCUGUUAUAGGCCACUAUUGAAAAAAAAAGUCAUACUUACUCAGCGUCCUCAAACUGUGGAUAUGUUAAUUUUCUAACACGGGCGCAGUAUUCUGAUUCAAAUCUUUAGAUUUUACUUCAACCCAUACCGGUAUUGCUGUAAGUUAUAAUGGGACUCAGACUCCCGCAAUGCAUCCUGUUAGACCGGCCUACGUGCUCACUGGACUCCGCCCCUCAGCUGUGGAGAUAGGUAAACAAACAGGGGAGGAAAAGGAAACAAGCAGGAGCCGUUUUCUAGCUCUUCACCCUCGGGGAUAUUUUAUAUUGUUUAUAGCCGUUUUUUAUUAUUACUAUUUCUUAGCCUGUUUCCUAUCGUUUUUUCAAAAAGAAACAACGUUACUACGUUUGUUGUUGAGUUUUUAAACACAAGGAAUUGCAAGACAAUCGGUCGCCUUGCUGGCUUUAAACACCUUUUGCUAUCCUCACACGACCAAAGCUGUGUGAAUGAAUCAACGAGAGCCACUGAACAACACGUUUUUAUAACAGAUCUUCCGUGUGAACGAAGAUCGGACCUUUUUCGGGUCGGUUGAAUAUCAACACCAACUAAGGAACUCCUCAAGGGAAAGGCUGGGGAAAAGACCGGUGAACCUGCCCUGCAGUGUAGAAUGACGGCCAUCCAGUUGUUGAACGUCCAGCGGUUGUUAGAAGCGGCAGACUAUCUAGACAGGAGAGAAAGGGAAUGUGAACACGGGUAUGCUUCGGCGUUUCCCUCCGACGAGACCGAAAACUAUCAACGGCAGAGAAAAUUCCGAACGAAGAAGUUCAACAAUAAUCACAAUAGGUCAACACACAACGAGCUGGAGAAGAAUAGGCGGGCUCAUCUGCGGCUGUGUCUGGAGAGGUUGAAGGGCCUCAUCCCGCUGGGACCCGACUGCAACCGCCACACCACCCUGGGCCUGCUCAACAAAGCCAAAGCACACAUAAAGAAACUUGAAGACACCGAGAGGAAGAGCCAGUACCAGCUGGAGUCCCUGGAGCGGGAGCAGAGGCACCUCCAGAGGCAGCUGGACCUGCUAGCUGGAGGCACGGGGGCCCCUAGUGGCACAGGGGCCCCUUGUGGCUCCGGGGACGGGGAGCGGAUACGCAUGGACAGCGUUGGCUCCACCGUCUGCUCCGACCGCUCUGACUCCGACCAAGAGGAAGAGAUCGAAGUGGACGUGGAAGGCACCGAGUUCUCCCAUGGAGAGCUGGACAGCGUGAGCACGGCCAGCACCAGCGACCUGGACGACCACAGCAGCCUGCAGAGCCUGGCCAGUGACGAGGGCUACUCCUCCUGCAGCGUCAAGCUGGCCUUCAGCUCCUAGAACCGUGGCCGCCCUCGCGGUCCCUCCUCUCGCUCCCCACCGCCUCCAACCACUACCACCACCACCACCACUACCACCACCGACACCACCACCCCGCCCGGCCCAGCCGCCACACAGCUCCUCCUCAUCACCGCGCACCACCCUGC